AGUAAGCUAGCAGGGAUGUUAGCUCAGCUGGUUUAUUGUACCAUCCAGUCCGCCUGAAUUUCGCCGCAAAGCGACCUGAAUCGAUACCAUUUGACAACCUAUAUCCACGCAGGGGUAGAGACAAUGAUGUAGUCGUUUGGUAUUCGUUGUAAUCCUUAGCUGUAUGUUGAUUUAGUGCGUGUGUGUUGUGUUGUGUUAUGUUAGACAUUAUUUUGUGUUUUCAUCGCCGCACCCACCAUAUUUAUUUUUUAUUGUGGGCUAGCUAGCGAACUGGAAGCUAACACUGGCUCUGGAGCAGCAGGUGUAACAUUAUUUGAAUAACAGAGAGCGACCAACCAUCUACUUGAAAAGCAUCGCUGUUUGCUAAAUUUGUUUACAAGAUCAUUUGACAUCAUAUUUGAUUCAGAUUGAUGCCACAUUUUGACCAGAUUAAGCCCAUUAACGUUAAUUUGUUAGCCGGUUAACGCGCGGUAGUCAUCAUGACAGGGGAGAAGAUACGCACCAUGCGAAAGGACCACAACAAACCCAACAAAAAUGAGGAGAUACACGACACGUACGAUGAGACCUCAACCGGGACUAUCCCUAACGGUACCGGUAACCAUUUAAAAUCCAACAAGGCUUUUCAGAAAUCAGAGAAAACCUCGGCACUGCAACAGCAGCUCAAUGAAAACAACAUUAAUGGAAAUCCAUCACCAAUUGGCACCAUUGUCAAUGAUAACAACAAGAACCCAAUAAUCCUGAGCACUGAGGACUUGGACUUCCCCGUUCAUGAGUGUGUGUUCAAAGGUGAUGUGAGGAGGCUCUCCUCUCUCAUCAGGACCCACAGCAUCUCUCAGAAAGAUGUACAUGGGAACACACCUCUUCACCUGGCUGUGAUGAUGGGCCACAAAGAAUGUGCCCUCCUCCUCCUGGCCCAUAACGCUCCUGUAAAGUUAAAGAAUGCACAGGGAUGGAGCCCUCUAGCAGAAGCCAUCAGCUACGGCGACAGGCAGAUGAUCACAGCAAUACUGAGGAAAUUAAAGCAGCAAUCCAGGGAGAGCGUGGAGGAUAAGAGGCCCAAACUACUGAAAGCUCUGAAGGAGCUUGGUGACUUUUAUCUGGAGCUGCAUUGGGACUUUCAGAGCUGGGUGCCGUUGUUGUCCCGGAUGCUGCCAUCUGAUGCUUGUAAAAUCUACAAGCAGGGCCUUAACAUCAGACUUGACACCACUCUCAUAGACUUCACUGAUAUGAAGUGUCAGCGCGGAGAUCUCAGCUUCAUUUUCAACGGCGAGGCCGAACCCUCCCAGUCUUUUGUGGUUCUGGACAAUGAAGCAAAAGUGUACCAAAGAAUACACCACGAGGAGUCAGAGAUGGAGACCGAGGAGGAGGUGGAUAUUCUGAUGGGCAGCGACGUCUACUCUGCCACUCUGUCCACUAAGUCCAUCAGUUUCUCUCGCAGUCAGAUCGGCUGGCUGUUCAGAGAGGAUAAAACAGAGAGGGUGGGGAACUUCCUGGCUGACUUCUACACGGUGAACGGGCUGGUGCUCGAGUCACGGAAACGGCGGGAACACCUUAGUGAGGAGGACAUCUUGAGGAACAAAGCGAUCAUGGAGAGCUUGAGUAAAGGAGGCAGCCUCAGCGAACAAAACUUUGAGCCGGUGAGACGGCUGUCCCUCACAGCUCCCGCUCCCAACACACUGUCCUGGGAGGAGUACAUCACUUCAGAGCAGGGGAAGCCACCUCAUCUUGGGAGAGAGCUGGUGUGUAAGGAGAGCAAGAAGAACUUCAAAGCUUCUGUAGCCAUGAGCCAGGAUUUCCCUCUAGGCAUCGAGUCGUAAGUACAUCCCUUCCUCCUCAGAUCUAUUUACAAAGCUCUCUGCGCAGAUUGAUCCUGGGGGAAUACUCUUGGGAUGCUCUGGGGAUUUGAGAAAAGCGUAACGUAGAGAAGCAAUAGUUAAGAAUAAGAUCAUAUAAUUGGGCCAGGUUAAGCUCUUUGUUUGUGAGCCUCUGAUGAGUCAACUGCUCCACCAUGUGACAACAGACCG